UUCGGAAGCCUUCUUGACGAUAAAUUAAUAAAUUUCCGGUUAUCUUCUGAACUUCGUAAUUUUACAUAUUUUUCUUCAAAUCAGUGUUUAACAGUCAUGCAGAACCUUAUGAACGCAGUGAAAGGCACUGCCCUUGGUGUUGCUGAGUAUUUAACUCCUGUCCUUAAGGAGUCCAAAUUUCGGGAAACAGGAGUUAUUACACCAGAAGAGUUUGUUGCUGCCGGUGACCACCUAGUCCAUCACUGCCCCACCUGGCAUUGGUCGGCCGGAGAGGAGGCAAAGAGAAAGACAUAUCUUCCUGCAGAUAAACAGUUCCUACACACUAAAAAUGUGCCAUGUUACAAGCGUGUUAAGCAGGUGGACACCCAUGAAAUGGAGCAGGAGAAGGUGAUAGAGGAGAACGAUGAGGAUGGGGGAUGGGUAGACACGCAUCAUUAUGCAGAUCCCUCAGUUGGCCAUUUACAAGAUGCGGUUCAAGACAUGACAAUGGAUUCAAAGGAGAGUAAGCCCUCAAAUGUACCAAAAGCAGAUGAUGAUGACGAUGAUGAUGACGAUGAUGAGGCAAUAGACAUGGAAGCAUUUGAAGAGAGCGGGAUGUUAGACGAACCUGAUAAUGCCACCCUGGUAGUUGCAAGCCCCUUGGAGAGACAGGUGUCUGAGUCUGACAGUGGGGUCCUGCAGACUCGAACUUAUGACCUGAACAUCACGUAUGACAAGUACUACCAGACCCCAAGACUCUGGCUCUAUGGCUAUGAUGAGAAUCGGAAGCCCCUGACCGUGGAGCAGAUGUAUGAGGACUUCAGCCAGGACCACGCAAAGAAAACUGUAACCAUGGAGACCCACCCACAUCUCCCAGGGCCCCCCAUGGCCUCCGUACAUCCCUGCAGACACGCAGAUGUUAUGAAGAAGAUAAUUGAAAUGGUCGCAGAAGGGGGCAAUGAGCUGGGCGUACAUAUGUAUUUAAUGAUAUUUCUCAAGUUUGUUCAAGCAGUGAUACCAACAAUCGAGUAUGACUACACUCGCCACUUCAAUCUGUAAUCCCAGUGUCAGCAAUCUGUGAUCCCAGUCUCUUCAAUCUGUGAUCCCGGUGUAAAACCAUUUGGACACUCAGAGUUCAAUUUUCGUGAUUUUAUCAAUUAAAAACUAAAUUCUCUUUACAUUUCUAAGGGUUUUUCUUGUUUGUUAUGCUUUUGACAAACAGUGGUGUGACCUGAAGAAUACUACACCAGUUUAAUACAGAAGGAAAAGAAAUUCAUUUUUAGGAAAUUUUUAUGAAUAUGUUAUCUUGGUGUGAUUUUUUUCUGGGAUGGAGGGCAAACUUGGUUUCCAAAAAUGCUAUUUAUGCUCUUGAUUAACCUUUUUUUUAUAACAAAAGUAAAAAAACUUCAUAUUACACCAGCUUUGUGAUAACAUAAGUGAAGCACAUUCCAAUGAAACUGACAAAGAUCAUCAAAUGAGUUUAAGAAACCUAAAUAAGUUGUUAUAAGUUGUUAUUUCAACUAUCUAAAGCGAGAGUCUCUUAAAGAAAGUUUUAACAAAGCAUUUCCAGAUUUUAAAUAAUUUACACGCAAACUGUUGCACGUUUUGUUUUAUUCAUUAUAUAAAUAACAUUUGUUUUUGUCCCCUACCGGUCUCACCAGAGGUUCUUAUGAUUUGCGCUCUGUGUGGCUGUCUGUCUGUCAAUCUGUCUGUCAGUCUGUCUGUCACACUUUUCUGGAUCCUCAGAUAUUUAAAAGUUCUUAAUAUUUUUUCAUUAAAAUUGAAACAUGGAUAGAUGGCGAUAAGGAUAUUAUGCACGUCAUUUCAUUUUGUUCCUACGUCAAAAAUUCUGGUUGCUAUGGCAACAAAUAUAAAAUAUAUAUAUAUAUCUGACAAUGGUGAAGCCGGUAGGGGACAUAAAUUGCUUGGCAAUAGUCUUGUUUUAGGUUGUUUUUGACAGGGUUUUUAUGGAAACUACCUAAGUGAACAAUCCAAGUCACAGAAGCUUUACAUUUAUCAGUUAUAACACAUUAUGGGUUUGGAAUUGGCGGUGGUUUGAAAAUUUUAAAAAUACAAAAGCCAGUGAUUUUGAAAUAUUUGUCUUGUCUUUAAAUCAUAAAAUGUUUAAACAAUGAGGGUUAUUUUUUGUAAUCAUGAAUAAGAGUAAUGAUACCAGUAUUUCUAUUGUGUUUACAUUAAGUUUUAUCUUACCAAAGGGUGUUUAGGACAUAUUUUAUAAUUUUUGAUGGCAGUUAAAGUGAUAUUAUGGGCAUCUAACAGUUUAUAGGUGUCUAUCGCAACCAUUGUUUAUUUUUGGUGUUUUUACUUCAUAUACACUUUUACUUGUUAAUGCAGCAUCAACAUACUAAAACAAUAUGCCGUAAAGAGAAAAAUAAUGCAUUUGAAUAUCAACCGUACUUUUGUUUGACAACUGAUCACGCAUGUACAAUGUGAACCUAAAUUUAGUUUUAGUGCAGAUUCGUUUAUACGACACAAAGACACAAUCUUGUUUUACGGAUCAUUUCGACUUACAGGACUGGGUGGGUCACGUAAAAUAUAUAAUAUAAAAUAUGUUUUUAUAAACAAGUGGUAGCAAGAUGAGUUGCAGUUAAUUGGUCAGUAACCACAUUUUAACUUACUCUUUUGACCUGUUAAUUCUUUUCAGCUCUAUUCAACAGUGAAAAAUACCCAUAAUAUCACUUUAAAGUUAUUGUUGCAAUAUCUUUUCUUCGCAAUUUUUUAAUUAUUGUUGCUGAUUGAAUGUACUUAUGUGUGGUUUAUUUUUGAAAGUACUAUUGUGUGCUUUUAUUUGAUUUUCAAUUUUUAUGUACAAAUUAACCGGUUGACAGACAUUUCCAGCCUCUAGAGUUUGGAGUUAAUUGAUUGGAUGAUUGGAUCAAGCAGCCAUGUGCAAGCCAUGUGAAAGACUGCAAGUUAUUACAGAUUAUAAGUUCGUGCCACUUAUGGAUUUUACUGGACCUCAUUUGGCACAGCACAGAAGGCGUCCUCUUAAGUAAACUCCCGAUUUUAUAAAUGUGCACUAAAAAAAAAUCAGUAUAAAUAAAAAGUGUUUGUUUUUGUACGCAGUGGCAUCUUAUAGUAGAACUUCCAUUCUCAAACAUCACUAUGUCUCCACUUCUAAAUGCAUUCUGGGAAGAAAAACCUGUAUAAGAAUGUUAUGUGUGUAUUUAGUGUGUGAUGGUUGAACGUUACUGUCUUUGAAAUAUUAAGUAUAUUAAAGUUUUGUGAUUGACCAAUGUUAAAACCAUUGUAUAUAUUAUUUUAUUAUUAUUUGGGAAAUAAAUAUCGAGUCUUAAACCAUAAA